AUGCUCCUCACCUGGCACACUGGAAUGAAGUGGGGCCGGAACUACCAAUUCUUUGAGUGUUUCAGUGGCCUUGGACGGGUCAGCAAGCGAAUGCAUUGGCUUGGCUACCGGGUGGCCAGCUUUGAUAUGAUCUAUGACAAGGCGGGAUCAGGUUGCAUGAGCUUUCUGGGGGCACCUGGCUUCAUGCUUUGCGUCUACGUGAUCCUCAACCAAGUUCCGGAAGCCUUGUCAUUAUUCGCUCCCAUGUGUGCAUCAUGGGGAGCUCCAAACAGGGGUACAUCGAUGAGAUCAGUACUCAACCCCUCUGGUCAAAUGAACUACAGAUCAGUGCAGGAGGCGAAUACCACUGUAUCCCGGAUGACCCUGUUGGCACUCCUGAUCUUAUCCAGAAAUGGUUUGUUUCUGGUGGAAAAUCCAAUGCAGACAUUACUGCAGUGGCACAGACGGUGGCAAUGGCUAUGCAACCGGGUCUGUUAUGUUGCUUGGCCUCAAUACGCUUAUUGUGUGAAGCUUGUGGAUCUGACUGGUUUGUAG